AGAGAAUGGGAUGACCACAUCCAGGCAGAGUCAUAGGAGGAAGAAACCCCAGAAGGAUAAGUAAAGAUAAGAAGGCAGAAGAUCACCUGCUCAGAGAAAGUUCAGAGGAGGAAGGGAAGCCAAGGACAUGAGACUACUCAACAGAAGCCUCAGUCUGCAGGACAUGACGCUGAUGUAUCUUACCAUGCUGGCGACUUUAGUGGUGAUCUUAGUGGCGUCAUAUCAGGCGGGCAGCUCCUCUGGGGUAAAACUACCAUACCACAUUCCCCUGGACCCCAAAGGCGACCUGCAGCUGUCCUGGAACAUCAGCUAUGCCCUGCAGGAGCUCUACCUGGAGCUGCAGGUGAGGGACCUGCAUGAGGGUCUCGUUUUUGGCAUGUCCGACCGCGGGGAGCUCUUCAACGCUGACCUGGUCGUCCUUUGGAAUGAUGGACACAAAUCCUACUUUGGGGAUGCCUGGAGUGACAGCACUGGUCAUGUGACACUGGACAGCCAGCAGGACUACCAGUUAAUAGAGGCGAGACACACCCCUGAGGGAUUCUUCCUGCUUUUCAAGAGGCCCUUCAGCACUUGUGACCCCAGAGACUAUGUCAUAGAGGAGGGCACAGUCCAUCUGAUUUUUGGAUUACUGGACAAGCCACUGACCUCCCUCGAGCAACUCAACCUCUUCCUCAUCCACUCUGGAAUACAACGGGUCCUUCUCCUCCGGCCGGACAGCCCCUCCAUCUCACUGCCCAAUGAUGUACGGACCCUGGAGGUCCUGGCCCCGUCAGUCACCAUCCCUGAACAGGAAACCACCUACUGGUGUCAUGUUUACCAGCUGCCUCGUGACAUUCCCAAGAACCACAUCGUUAUGUACGAGUCUGUGAUCACCCCUGGCAACGAGGCCAUCGUUCACCACAUGGAGGUGUUUGAGUGCGCCCCUCAGCUGGAGACCGUGCCCCAGUACAGCGGCGCCUGCGACUCCAAAAUGAAGCCCAGGAACCUGAAUUACUGCCGCCACGUGCUAGCUGCUUGGGCCAUGGGGGCAGAGGCUUUCUACUAUCCCCCUGACGCUGGACUGCCUUUUGGGGGACCACAGUCCUCCAGAUUCCUUCGUCUGGAGGUGCACUAUCACAACCCACUCCUAAUCUCAGGUCGCCAGGAUUCUUCCGGGAUCCGUCUGUACUACACGCCCACUCUGAGGAAGUAUGACGCUGGGAUCAUGGAGCUGGGCCUGGUCUACACCCCAAUCAUGGCCAUCCCACCCAGAGAACCGCACUUCCAGCUGACAGGAUACUGCACAGCCAAGUGCACCCAGACAGCCCUGCCCCAAGGAGGGAUCUUCAUCUUUGCAUCCCAGCUGCACACUCACCUGGCAGGGCAGGGCGUGAGGACCGUGCUGGUGAGAGGGGGCCAGGAAGUGGAGAUCGUGCAGGAGGACAAACACUUCAGCACCCACUACCAGAUAAUCCGAACACUGAAGAAGAUGGUGAAUGUGUUACCUGGUGAUGUCCUCCUGACCAGAUGUACAUACAACACUGAUGACAGGAAAACAGUCACUGUGGGAGGAUUUGGUAUUGAGGAGGAAAUGUGUGUGAACUACGUCCACUACUACCCCCGAACUCAGCUGGAACUGUGCAAGAGCCAUGUGGACCCAGGGUACCUGCAGAAGUACUUCAACUUCAUUAACAGGUUUCAGGGAGGCGACCCCUGUGACUGUGGGCAGGCCAGCGUGACCGAACAGUUUGCCUCCCUGACCUGGGACACCUUCAGCGCAGAGGUGCUGAACUCCCUCUACAACACCGCCCCCAUCUCCAUGCACUGCAACCAGUCCACAGCCCAGCUCUUUCCCGGGGACUGGGAGAGACAGGAGCUGCCCCAGGUCACUGCUCAUCUCCAGAGGCCCCCGUACCCCUGUGAGAGUGCUAGGAGUCCUGUGGCCCGUUCCGACUCGCCCACCGAAGUGCGACCCAACAGCAGGGCCUGAGUUCCCGCCCACAGGGCAUGAGUUCCCGUCUACAGGGCCAGAGUCCCCGCCCACAGCGCCAUAGUCCCCGCCCACAGAGCCAGAGUCCCCACCCACAGAGCCAGAGUCCCCGCCCACAGGGCCAGAGUCCCCGCCCACAGCGCCAGAGUCCCCGCCCACAGCGCCAGAGUCCCUGCCCACAGGACCAGAGUCACCGCCCACAGCGCCAUAGUCCCCGCCCACAGCGCCAGAGUCCCCGCCCACAGAGCCAGAGUCCCCGCCCACAGAGCCAGAGUCCCUGCCCGCACAGCUUCCAGCAGCGAACUUUUAACUCGUCUGGGCUCCUGGGUGAACCGAUCUCUGCAGAUUAAGUUCCCAGCUGAUGUCAAUGCCUCAGUCCUUCCCCACAACCCUACUCAUGCAACACACAUUUACAGAAGCCAUAAAUAACAAUGCAACAUUGUCCAAUCAAAAGCAUUUAUUUCCCACAAGCUGUAAAUAUGGCAAUUUAACAGUUAAGACUUUAAAUGGGGAGACGCUUAUGUCUCAUUGCAACGGAAAAGCUAAUUAAGCUUGCAUUGUCAUGCAUUGUAUGCUUUACAACAGUAAUUUAUACAAAAAGUCACCUGAUUUGCUUCCAAUAAUACCAAAUGCAGUUUUUAAACACAUUUCAAACUGGGGUUCCAAAUAUGUAGUAAAAUAUGGUUUACAACUAUGGAUUAAGACUCAAAUCUCACUCAAAUAUAACAAACUCAACCACUGGCAAUGGCAUAGGAAGCACACAGGCUCAACUUUGAUCUCCUCUUUCAAUGAAUAUGCCUUUGCAAUUUUAAACACAAUCACCCCAUUCCCAAUAGCAGUGAGCCAUGAUCUAAUUUAAUAGUAUUGAAUUGUAUUGUAUUGAAGAAUAGUAUUGAAUACCUCUGUACCAGAUGUCUCAUUAACAUUUUCUAAAUGUAAUAGAACUAAGUCACAAACAUCCAUCAUAAGCUCAAAUCUAGCCUUGAAUAAUAUUUUAACAUUGAAAGUAAAAAGUGUCGGAACACAACAAGCUGAGAAAUCAUUCUGAUAAAUUAUAUAUUAGUAAUUUAUCUGUGAAAUUAUGUUUCUUUACGCAUUUGUACUAAUGUCUAUGGGCUCAUACUGACUCAUUUGUUAAGGGGAGAAGCAUUUAGAAACUGCUUUAUGUCCUCUUAGAUAAAACACUGAUCUUGGCACUCAUAGUGGCAUAUCACCUUUAAAAUGGCUGGCCUCCAGCACAAACAUAUUGCAAACACUUUUGCAGUAACUAGAACUACUUCCUUUGCCCUCACGAGCUAGCAUGCACCAAAACAAAAAAAUUAAUAUGAGGUCUGCUGCCUUCUGAACCAAUCCUGAUACAGAUAUGGGACAAAAGAACUAGCACAAAAAUGAUUUUAUAUAAUAGCUUUAGGUUUUAUAAAAUCACCCUUAAAAGCAAGAUUAGUAACAUUAUGGAAAAAAAAACUUUUAAAUUAGUUUUGACUGAUAAAAUAAGACAUUGCUACAAAAUUAUCAGUUUGUUAAAAUUAAAACGAUUCCACAAUCUCCAAAUUCAUGU